UCUCAUGAACUCUCUGGUCGUCAUUCGUGCCAAUAUAAAAUGGAAUUGGAUCAUUCCUCGACAAGUUCAUAAUUAAUUAAAUCCUUAACUCGAGUGCAAUAUUAGGGUGAUCUCAAAUUAUAAAAUUAAAAGAGUUAAAGCUGAGCAAAAGAAAUAUUUACAGUAAAAUGUGGGUAGUUUUAACAGCACUAUUAUUUCUUGGGAGUAAGACUGCGUACGGUUGUACUGACGGUGAGUAUGCGCCACACCCGUCCGACUGUAACAAGUACUUGGUGUGCAAUCAUGGCGCCUGGGUCGAGAUGUCGUGUGGUUCCGGACUUUACUGGAAUGCUCAAGGAAAAUAUUGCGAUUGGCCGGCAAGUUCUGGUUGUACGUCGGGAGGGGGUCAAACAACGACUACGCAACGACCAACCUCGACAACUACGCAGCGACUAACAUCCACCACCACAAAUACGGGACCCACCACCACGACAACUUAUCGACCACCGGGUCCGUCUGGGAAAAAAUUAAUUUGCUACUUUACAGAUUGGGCUUGGUACCGCACCGCUGCCGGAAAAUAUUCCCCUGACGACAUUGACCCCACCCUUUGCACACAUAUCGUCUACUCCUUCAUUCUCCUGGACGCGUCCACUUCGCAGGUCAAAAUUGCCGACAGCUGGGCUGACGUGGAUAACAAAUUUUACGAAAAAGUGACCGCCUUAAGGAGACAAGGCGUCCAUGUGACCAUAGCCGUCGGUGGGUGGACGGAUUCCGAAGGAAAUAAAUAUUCGCAGAUGAUGAAUGAUCCCGGAAAGAGGGGGACUUUUGUCAGGAGUGUGGUCGAUUUUGUGAAAAAGUGGAAUUUCGAGGGGGUCGAUCUGGACCUUGAGUAUCCCGCUUGCUGGCAAGGAAAUUGUGAUGGUGGACCGGCCUCAGAUAAGCAAGGAUUUUCCGCAUUGGUGACCGAACUGCGACAAGCUCUUCCCGCCGGAUCAAUCCUUUCGGCCGCGGUUUCCGCCAGUAAAGGGAUCAUACCAAAAGCGUACGAUGUUCCUUUAUUGUCCGCCAAACUGGACUGGAUAGGAGUCAUGGAUUACGAUUUUCACGGCCCGUGGGAUGGCAUGACUGGUCACAUUGCGCCACUGUAUUAUAAAUCCGGCGAUAAGGUUGACUACUUUAAUGUCGACAGUUCCAUCGAAGUCUGGACUUCGCUGGGUGCCGAUCCCGCCAAACUCAUAGUUGGUGUGCCCACCUAUGGGAAAAGCUUUACUUUGAGCAAUUCAGCCAAUAAUGGGCUUAACGCACCGACAUCAGGUGCUGGAAACUCUGGGCGCUACACGAAUGCCGCUGGAACGCUGGCAUACUAUGAAAUCUGUGCAAAUAGUGGAUGGACGGUUGUGCAAGAUUCUGAAGGAAAAAUGGGGCCGUAUGCAUACUCCGGAAAUCAAUGGGUUUCCUACGACGAUCCCGCAUUUGCAAGAAAGAAGGUUGCCUAUCUCAAGAGCAAAGGAUUGGGGGGAGCAAUGGUUUGGUCCCUGGACUUUGAUGAUUUCAAUAAUCAAUGUGGCGGUGGACGAUAUCCGGUCAUAAAUGCCCUCAAGCAGGCCCUAAAUAGCUGAUUUUUUUUCUGUUACGUUACAUAUGAUUUAUUACUUGAUCAAUAAAAUGUAUGCCUUGAAUGUAGUUAUCUAUAA